AUGAGGGAGGUGGCGAAGGAGAGAGAAAAGUUAACGUUGUUGUUUUUGUUACUAGUUUUUCUGUUAUUUUUCGUUCAAGGUGAGGAUCCUUACCUUUUCUUCACAUGGAAUGUGACCUAUGGAACUAUCUCUCCAUUAGGAGUUCCCCAGCAAGGUAUUCUCAUCAACGGCGAGUUUCCAGGACCUAAUAUCAACUCCACCACCAACAACAAUAUCGUCGUCAACGUCUUCAACAACCUUGACGAACCAUUGAUGUUCACAUGGCAUGGGAUCCAACAGAGGAAGAACUCAUGGCAAGAUGGAACACCGGGGACAAUGUGCCCUAUUCCUCCUGGUCAGAACUACACGUACCACUUCCAAGUGAAGGACCAGAUUGGAAGCUAUUUCUACUAUCCCAUCACAGCCAUGCACAGAGCUGGUGGUGCUUUUGGUGGUCUUCGCGUAAACAGUCGGCUCUUGAUCCCAGUUCCAUACGAUGAUCCUGAGGAUGACUACACCGUCCUCAUCGGCGACUGGUACACCAAAAGCCACAGCAGUCUCAAGAAACAACUAGACAUGGGUCGCUCUCUGGGAAGGCCCGACGGUGUCCUCAUUAACGGCAAGAACGCAAAGGGAGACGGCACUGAUCAGCCCCUCUUCACCAUGAAGCCCGGAAAGACCUACAAGUUCCGAGUGUGCAAUGUUGGCCUCAAGAACUCCCUCAAUUUCAGGAUCCAAGACCACACAAUGAUGCUCGUGGAGAUGGAAGGCUCUCACGUCGUACAGAACACGUACGAAUCUUUAGAUGUGCAUCUAGGGCAAUGCCUAUCGGCGCUUGUCACCGCUGACAAAGAACCCAGGGACUAUUACAUGAUAGCUGACACCCGAUUCACCAAGACUUUGCUCACCGGCUUAGGCAUUAUCCGAUACACCAACGCUAAUGGUCCUGCAAACCCUGAACUCCCUUUACCCCCUGAGGGAUUGGCUUGGUCUCUCAACCAAGCUCGCUCCUUCAGAUGGAACCUCACUGCUAGUGCUGCCAGGCCUAACCCCCAAGGCUCUUACAAAUAUGGUGCAAUCAACAUCACCCGCACCAUUAAGCUCGUCAACUCUGCCAGCAAGGUUGACGGCAAGCUGCGCUAUGCCGUAAACGGAGUCUCCCACGUUGACACUGAAACACCUCUAAAGUAUGCCCAGUACUUUGGAGUUGCUGACAAGGUCUUCAAGUACGACACCAUCAAGGACGACCCCUCAGCUGAAGUAGAAGACAAGAUCACCUUGGCACCUAAUGUUGUCAACCAAACCUUCAGGGACUUCGUCGAAAUUAUCUUUGAGAACCACGGGAAGAGCAUUCAGUCAUGGCAUCUGGAUGGAUUUGCGUUCUUUCCCGUUGCCAUCGAGUUCGGGAGGUGGGCACCAGAGAAGAGAAGGAACUACAAUCUUAUGGAUGCCAUAAGCCGACACACUGUCCAAGUGUAUCCCGGCUCAUGGUCUGCCAUAAUGUUGACAUUCGACAAUGCCGGAAUGUGGAACUUGAGGUCAGCACAGCCGGAGAGGGCGUACCUAGGACAACAGCUCUACCUGAGUGUUGAAAAUGUCGCACGCUCUCUUAGGGACGAGUACAUGUUGCUAGACCAGACCCCUCUAUGUGGCAUCGUCAAGGGUCUUCCUAAACCCCCUCCAUACGGCCCUUAA